AUGGAUGCCUACGGCGCACCCUCCAGGCCCGGCACCAGCUUGGCCAGGACACACCGCGCACACUCUACCGAUCACCCACACUCUCCGUCCUACCCAUUGUCGCCUCUGCUCCAGGAGAGGCUCCAACGGUCGCGGCGGGUCGAGAACGAGCGGAUGGCCGCCCAGUCCAGCUCCGACAUGCUGGCCUCGUCCACAAGCUCUCGCCAUGUAGGGAGCCCUUCCCCCGCCGACAGCCCGCGACCUCGGUCGAGCGGAGGGCCCGAGGCUGCGAAGCCAAAGAAGGGCCUGAGCGUCAAAGAGGUGGAGCAGACCUUGUCCACUUUGCACAAGCAGAACUUCGACCUGAAGCUCGAACUGUACCACCGGAGAGAGCGGCAAACUGCCCUUGAGGAGCGGAUCGAGGAACUGGAGCGCGAGGCGAAGGAGCGAGACGACCUGAACGAUUCCCUCGUCAGAGAGCUCGAGAAGCGGGACAAAGCCGUCGAGGAUGCAGUAGCCAUGAUCCUGGCCUUGGAGAAACGGGUCGAGCAGCUCCUCCUCGAGAGGAAGAUGGCCCGCCAGGUGGAGGCCGAAGGGACCGCAUCCCCCCACGUCGACUCGGCGGCUGUUACGCCAGCAGCGAGGAAAACUGGCACCUUUGAGCCGUCGCCGCUGGUUGAGUCGAGGACACCCACACGCCUGCCGAGCUUUGUUUCUGAGCAGAGCGAAAACCUUCAGCACCUUAGAAGUGUGUAUCUUGGUGCCGGCGACAGCAACCUCAGCCUGCCCCGGCUGGUUGGGGACACGCCUGACACCACCCGCACGGACCCCAGGCUAGCCAGCCCUGCAUUGAGCGACCUCAGCGAGAGCUCGUUUACCAGCAUCUAUGGCCGCGAGAGGACCGGUGAGGUCUCGUCGCCCUCAAGGAGCGGUGCGUUGCCCGGGAAUGAGCCGUCUAGGACUGUGUUGCCAGCACUGGAAUCCCAAAACCGAGUCAGGUCUUCGACGCCGAGGCAAUACCUCCGCCCGUCCAGCUCCCGUGCGGCGAGCGGGCAGUUUCACAACAUCGGCGACGUUCUGGGCAUUGAAUCCUCGCCUCUGCAGCUGGUGGAGAAGAUGAGUAUCACGCGUAUGGCGGCCAUGAGGAAAUCGCCAAGACCGACAACAGCGACUCGGGACAAGGACUCGUCGCCAUUUACGCGGCCUCCAACAUCACAGGCACAGCCCAAGACUAAAAAGGAGAAGCGGGAGGCCUUGGAGAGAGUCCUCACUCAGGGACAUUUCAACAGCCCUCAGGCACUGCCCCCCACACCGGACACCCUUUCAACCACGACGCUGGGGCAGAACGAUACUCCGUCCAAGGAGCAGGUCCGAGAAGAUGAGCGAGGCUAUCAGCCAACAACCCAGGCGACCGCGGCGAGAGUUCCGACGGGAGACGAGCAUCCGCCGUCGGCCCGAACAGCGCCACCCGCAUCCGCCGCAGCGCAUAAUAGCCGGAAACAGGUCCAGACCCUCAACGAUCAGCUCUCCGCCAUGCCGGAUUCGGGCCAGUCGCGUCCGGAUGCGCAGGCAAUGAAUGCUCGCAGUCGCGAUGCCAGCGGUCGUGGGGUGGAUAUCCUGGGCCACAAACGGAGGGAUUCGACCACCUCGAGCGUGGACACAUGGCUCCGAGAGAGUCUAAAACCAGACAGCAUGGAUGCGCUGGACCCCAUGAGUUCUGUGUCGCAAACACAUGCGAGUGCCGGGAACGGCCGCAUUUCACCGGAUCUCUUCUCGUUUCCC